CUUAUGUAAGGUGACAUUUGACAUGCUUCAGUGAAUGCGUUAGCGUUGAGGAUAACACUUAUUUGGACUUACACAAAGCAAGACUUGGAGCAAGUUUUGUUUUCAAAUCCUGUGCUCCACAGUUGUUGGUUCACUGUUAAGAUGGUGGUUCUGUUGUGUAAGAUUCCUGGAUACUCUGGAGGGCCGUUGAUCAGCAAGUGACUGUUGUGUUGGUUGUUGUGUUUCUGUGUAUUUCCUUCAAUUCUGUGAAAGUGGGAGAGUAUUUUACAUGGGAGUGGACAAGGAUGACGACAGGACGCAUGUGACCUUGGAUCUACAGGUAGCAGACGCGAAGCUUGUGUCAAACUAAAAAGUCAUUGUCUCGUGUGGAAGCCGAUGUCUGCUAUGCACUAUGAGGGCUGAGACUGCAAACCAGUGACACACACUCAACAAUGUCUGCCAUUGUGAUGAGACUGCUUAUGCUGUUCCUGCUAGGGGUACUGAAUCAGCUCAGUCCAGCAGCAGGAGUUCAGCCAUCUUACAACCUGUGUGACGUGAAGCCAGGGUUUUCACUCAAUGGCGACUACUUCCCGGAGAUCAAUGACACAUCCAGGGUGUCCAUCAAUCUGACUGGUACCAACCCCCAGGCCAAGUACCACUGCCUCAUGCGCUUCACCACCUGCAACAACUGCAGCUUCCGCGUCGAACCCAUCACCGACUUCAGCUACCACAACUGUCUCUGGGACAACGUGUAUAGGAACUAUGGAGGCCGCUGUGCUCCAGGGUGCACAUACCUACACCUGUUUGACCCGGACUACGUGAAUGAGACAUCUCGGUCGUACACCUCCACGCCGUGGCCGGAGUCCCCGUAUUACUCGCUGUCAAAGAAACUCUACAUUGUUGUGUGUUCAAAUCGAAGCAUGGUGAAGAAUAUCCACCUGAGCCUGCAACUCACUGUCGUUGAAAAGAAGCAAGAUAUUCGGGGAUCAGCCUAUGACACGCCCUCUGACUCAAAUUACAUCAUGUCGCCAGCUUUCCCAAACUUCUAUGCCGAGAAUGAUGAAGUGUACAUCUACCACUUCUCUGCCGUUAACAUCGACGAGUACAUUGUAUUGACGUUUGACGACUGGCAUAUGUCUCCAAGGUCUAUCCUGUGGUUCCAGAAGAGUGACAUUAUCGGCCCGAUCUACGGAUCCAGCAGUCGCCCAGUUGUUGUGUCUGACGGCCCAGAGCUAAUUGUCAAGUUCAAAACAGGGAUACCGCAAACAUCGUCUAAUCGCAACUAUAUUGGUUUUAAAGCCACCUACUCUUUUAAUAACAAUCGGCGGCAAACAGUGAGACCCAUCACAGACUGUGGAGGAUACUUGAUGGACAAGGAAGGAGGGGUCGUGACCUUUAACCCUGUGAUGAGCACCAAUGAAUACUAUGAUUGUAUCUGGGUUUUUGGGCGCCAUCGAGAGUUCAGCAUGAUUCAAGUCAAGCUCAUUGAAUAUGACAGCUCACCAAUGUACUACCCACAACAGCGGGACCGGGUGGAGAUUCGGGGAGGAAUUACCUCCCUUGGCACUGAAGUGGCUCUGGUGAAGUAUGAAAACCUGGAUCGCUACAAGAACCAUGGCUUCGUGAACAACACUGGCUUCUAUGUGCGUCUCCAGGGACGGUACCAAAACGCCCGGGACUUCGUUCUGGCCUACUCCUCCUACAGCUACGGAGUUUGUCGAUACCGAGACUUCAAGUGUUUCAACGGCCGCUGCAUCUCCUCAGACCUCAAGUGCGACAGCUACGACCACUGUGGCGACAACUCGGAUGAAAGGUCCUCUCUCUGUGGCACCAAAGAUGGGGAAUAUUCCCGCUACUCCUACACCAUCAGCAUCGGCGUCAUCAUCCCAAUGGUCAUCUCCAUCUUCCUCAUCGUCGUCAUCUGUCUGCUCAUCAUCUUCAUCCGCCGAUGUCGUACGCUGUCCCAGCAGGGACCACGCAAUGGUCGACAGCCAAUCACCUCGGUCAGCGGCAACAUGGCGCGUCGGAACCGACGAGGGAGGAACAGGAGUCGAAUAAGGAUGAACCUAACGAUCCAGCAAGAUGCUCCGCCUUCCUACGAUGAAGUCAUCCAGAACACUCCCAUUGGCUAUCUCAACAUGGCUUUCAUGUGGUCCCAGCCAGACGUCAACAAUGGACUCGUUAACCCACCCACCUACGAGGAAGCAACCAGCCCGACCACAGACGUACCUCGACUCACGUCCUCACAGAAUGUCCUCAACCAAUCAGCAGACUCCACAAGUUCCUCAGACUCGCUGGAGUCCCACUCAUGCGACAUUCCAAGAGCAUCUGACACAUCGUCGGAUGGAUCACAAAUGGAACGCCAUCUAUGCCAAGCGUCCUUUUCGUCGGAUUCCACAGUAGCAGAAAGGGACUGUUACCCCCCUCAUGACACAUCUGUGUCGUCUGGACGCCAUGAUGAGUCUGGACGCAUGAACCAGCAGAGACACAGUAAGCCAGUUGAUGAGUUCAUAGAGUGCCCUGUCAGCUCAUCUACUCUGAGAAACAAGGACCCCAAACCACAGAGUGAAAGUGAGGCUGUGCGGGAGCAAGGUGCAGCAGCCUGCCCAGGUCAAGGUGACAGUCAAGGUCAAGGAAGAAGUAGAGACAGUUUAGUUGCUCAUGGGAAAGAUCGGGAUCACACAGCCAAAAAGAAGAAGAAAUCCUCAAGAAAUCGAUCAGAACCUGAGCCUCGAACACAGCCUGAACCUCGAAUACAACCUGAUUCUCGAACACAACCAGAGCCUCGAACACAAUCCGAGCCUCAAUCACCAUCUGAUCGUCCACGGCAACGGGGGAGGAGAGGCAGGCAAUCAGGCAGUAACCGUUCACCUUCCCAUGUGAGAGACAGUUCUACAGAGGGUGGAGAGGUGGUACUCCGGGUUCCUUCCACAGCCAUAGUGCCAGCUCACAGCCCUCGAAGGCAUGGGCAAGCAGAGAGAGAGGAACCCCAAUCACAAGACGAUCGGUUACGAGGGACUUAUCUCUCGCUUUCUUUGGACACAGGUGAUGGUGAUCCAGACAUUUUUGUGUGAUUCUGUGAUAUGUCACAUAUUUAUGUGAAUUUGUUGGUGCAGGUGUGCAUCGGACUUAAUCUGUGUGCAACGGUUGUUCAGAACAGGGAUCUCAACAUAUAUGGAAGCGUGUCAGUGGGAUGAUUAUACUUGCCUAGGAUUGUGUCCGCUUUACAAGACAUAUCACCAUCUUGGGAAUUCUCUGAGCUACAAUCACAAUAUUGUGAUUUCUUUCAGCUACUUUAAGUAUAUUGUGAUUUCUGUGAGCGACCAUUGCUGCAUUGUGAUUUAUAUGCGCUAUAUGGUUGACAGAACCAUGGGGAACAUUUAGGAGAUUGUGAUCAAAGGAAGCUAAAUUACACAAACAAUUUUUGCCCAAG